AUGGAGAGCAAUCCACGUGAUUUUCGUCGAAUAUAUCGUAUGUAUCCGGAUUGCUUUAUGAAAUUGUGUAUGGUCUUGCGAGAACGUGGGCAUUUACAAGAUACACGGUAUAUCAGCGUUGAGGAGAUGGUUGCUAUUUUCCUACUCACUAUUACUCAAAAUCAACGAUAUUGCAUCACCACUGAGAGGUUUGAUCGAUCCCGAUUUGUUGUCAGUGUUUGUUUCAAUAAGGCACUACAGGCCCUUGUGUCAUUAGCCCCUUGUAUGAUGGCUCCUCCUCCUACCGAUCCACCGGAAAAGGUCACAUCUGAAUCUCGUUUUUGGCCUUAUUUCAAGGACUGUAUCGGUACUAUUGACGAGACCCACAUUCCACGUAUGGUGUAUGGCGAGGACCAAACUCCAUAUUGUAAUAGACAUGGCUAUCUUUCUCAAAAUAUCCUUGCAACAUGUACAUUUGAUCUUAGGUUUAUUUAUGUCUUAGUGGGAUGGGAGGGAUCUGCCAAUGAUUCACGGGUCUUGAAGGAUGCAAUGAGUAGAAGUGCAUGCAGUCUUCCACUUCCAAAUGGUAAAUUUUAUCUAGUUGAUUGUGGUUACCCAAAUAGGCUACAAUUUUUGGCUCCCUAUCGGGGUACGAGGUUUACUAUUUUUAAGUCUCAACCUCUAGGUUUUCCAUAUGACACUCAAAAAAUGGAGAACUCCAACGAUGACUUUGAAGUUUCCGAUCUUCCUCCAGAGGCACCACGCAAUGUUGCUUUGAUUGAUGGUGAUUCUGAUGAGGACGAUGACCUAUAA